AACUAUGCAACAAUGUAUUUGCCAUACUGCUUUAAGAAGCAGCAAUGAAGAGCCUAAUAGGUUAGAAGGUACAAAAACUGCAGCAGUUAUUGUGUAGAUCGAGGGGUGGGUAAUUAAUUCCUGGUGCUGCUUAUGUUGCAAAUUCGAAGGUUAAUUCCAAUAUCACUUCCAGUUACAGCAGCAGAUAUUUUGUUUUGUUUUUACAAUUUAUGUUGUCAGCAACUGAGCGUGUCCAUAAUGUCAGGGGUUGGGGAUAAAAGAAUUUGGGUUCUUGACUUUUCUAGGGUUUUUCUUGCAAAUCUUGCUUUCGUGCUUUGAUUAAUGACCAAUCAAUUCCUACAUUUGAACCUCAUGAGAUGAUUUGGAAUGCCAAAGUGCUGAUGAAAAUUCAGGUUUUGGCUUGGACUGUAGCUCAUGGAAAGUUCCACACUUCUGAUUUGUUGCAUAGGAGAAGACCAAACUCUUGGCUUGCGCCACAAUGGUGCAUCAUGUUCAAGUGUUCUAGUGAAAGUGCGGUUAUGGCAAUUUUUUGGGCAAUAUGGUUGGAAAGGAAUAGGAGAAUCUUCAAAGAUAAGGGGGAAUUUGUGGAGUUCCUUCGGGAGAGAGCUAAGUUCUUGGCUUCCUUAUGGGUAUCGACCGCCAAAGAAUUCAAGGAUGUGUCAUUUUUCUCUCUUUCAAUUGGUUGGAAGGCAGUGUGUAGUUAGAUGAGUACAUCGUUUGAUUUAUAGAGCUGCAUAUUGUUGCUGGCUCAUUAUGUUCUUAACUGC